GUUCUCUCUUUCCUGUUAAAUGCUUCGUCCUGUUUUGUCUUAUUUAAAUGAAUAGUGGUGCUGUGAGGCGACAGUUAAGUCAGGCCAGCUGGAGAGUGACGUUGAGAUAUCCCCAGAUAAUCCAGAGCUUGUUCUUUGAUACGGAUAACUCAUAAUUGUAUAUAUCACCAUUUCCUCAAAUGGCAUGCCUUUGUCACUCUUUGUUUACCAGGAAUGUCGGAUUGCUCACCCGGUGGUGAAGUGCACCUACUGUAGGACUGAGUACCAGCAGGAGAGUAAAACCAAUACAAUAUGCAAGAAAUGUGCUCAAAAUGUGCAGUUGUAUGGAACACCCAAACCUUGUCAGUAUUGCAACAUAAUUGCAGCAUUUAUUGGCAACAAAUGUCAGCGCUGCACAAAUUCAGAGAAGAAGUAUGGACCACCAUAUUCUUGUGAACAGUGCAAGCAGCAGUGUGCAUUUGACAGGAAAGAUGACAGAAAGAAGGUAGAUGGGAAAUUGCUGUGCUGGUUGUGCACACUUUCAUAUAAACGGGUCCUCCAGAAGACCAAAGAGCAGAGGAAACACCUGAGCAGCUCUUCCCGCGCCAGCCAUCAGGAGAAGGAGCAGUACAGUCGACUGAGUGGUGGCAGCCAUUAUAACAGCCAGAAGACACUUUCUACGUCUUCAAUUCAAAAUGAAAUCCCAAAGAAAAAAUCCAAGUUUGAGUCAAUCACAACCAAUGGAGACAGCGAUGCUUCCUCUUACGAGCUGCUUUGUCCUAAUAUCCAGAGUGCCCCAUCCGUGUUGGUGCAGUGGGCUGCUUCCCAACAGAGUCUUGGGGCCAACCAUUUUCCUGUUCCUCCAGGCCCGGGCAUCCUGAACUUUUCCCCAGACCUGGCUCUGGACUCACCAGGCACUGACCACUUUGUCAUCAUUGCCCAGCUGAAGGAAGAAGUAGCUACUCUGAAGAAGAUGCUUCAUCAAAAGGAUCAAAUGAUUUUAGAGAAAGAGAAGAAGAUCACAGAGUUGAAGGCUGAUUUCCAGUACCAAGAAUCUCAAAUGAGAGCCAAAAUGAAUCAGAUGGAGAAAACCCACAAAGAAGUAACAGAACAAUUGCAGGCCAAAAACCGAGAGCUCCUAAAGCAGGCAGCUGCCUUGUCCAAGAGUAAGAAGUCUGAGAAGUCAGGAGCUAUAACCUCUCCGUGAGAGACCACAAGGAGGCUCCCAGCUACAGCAGAUGGAUUCCUGAGUUAGGGUUGUCAACCUUGCUGUUUUCUGGGACUUGCAAACUUUCUUAAGAAAUCUCUAUUUUACUACAUUUCUCCUUUGUGUGAUUGCAGUGGGCUGAAUGGAAACACCUGGUUUGUGCUGUGUUAUGUACGACUGCAUGCUCGAAUGUGUGGGGCUUCAGUCUCUCUCCUUUCUCUUUCCUCCGCGCCCUCCCCCCCUUCACAGUACUACUUUCUCUUGUUACUUUUUUGUUGUUUUUUUUUUUUUCAAUGUGGUGGUCACUGCUCAGUGCUAUGUGCAGAAAGAUUUUUGUGUGUCCAUCAUUGCAUCCUGCCAUACCCAUGAGCAAAUCAUUUGGCAUUAAUUACAUAUCACUGCCACCCUCUGAACUUUGAAAACUGCCACCUUAAGACUUGGUACAAUGGAGGAGACUUUGUCUCUCCAAUAAACCUUUUGCUUCAGGGUAUACUCUUGGGUUUUUUUCCAGGUAUAUUAUGUAUGAACUUUGUACUAUGUAUAGCCAGAGUUUUUAUUUAUUUAAAAAAAAAAAAAAGAAACUUUUUCUUGAUAAAGGAAUAACGGUAGCCUGGCUUGUUUUUCUUGUAAAAGUGAUGCCUCUUUAAAAAAGUCCUACUGGAGUUUUUAGUAAAAGAAUUAAGAUUUUUCUUUCUUGUUACCUUGGAGUCUUAAAAACUGAUUACUAAGGUGAAACAACUCAGUGCAUAAGUAUGGAGUUAAGUGCCUUUUGGAGGAUUUCUGAGAAGAGCGUUUAAGAUACUAAAGGGAGGUAGCAAAGAUUUGAGCAGUCUGUCUUUUUAAGCAAGGACAGAAAGAAAGGUUGUCCAGGUUGUACUGGACAGUUCCCUCCCCCACCCCUUUCCUGAUUGUUUUAUGUGAUUGAUUUUAAAUUCUCACACUGCCACUUCUUUUUUAAAAAAAUACCCUUUAUUUGCUU